GUGUGUGUGUGUGAGUCCGUCCCGCAGGUGAGGCGUCGAGGCGGCUGGCUGUGAGUGAGCUCGGCCAGGGAGGAAGAAUCAGUGUUGUGCUUGGCGUGCGAUGGGAUACAAGGGUGGUGUCUGCGGCCGCGGUGCCCUGAGACGUUUCAUCCAGUUGGCUGCGGCGGCGGUGCUCACCCUCCCCCUUCACCUCCAUGUCGCCGAGGGCCUAUCCAACCUGCGGCCGUUGCGAGGAGCCCUGCAGAAGCUCGGGGGGCCAGACAUGCUGUUCAGGAGGGGGGUGGCGGAGAACGUGGAGAUCAUCGGGAACAUCUUGGGCUACGAGGAUGAACUGAGGGUGGCUGACCUGACCGGGACGAGGCAGGAGCAUGUGCCGGUGCCUGAAGAUUACGAGUCUGCACUGAAGGCGGGGCUGCUGAUGGCCCAGGAGCUGCUGCAUGAGGAGGCCGAGACAGCCGCGAGUUACCUGUUGAGUCGUGGCGGCGCGCCCAAGGAAAUCCUGGGGUUGCUUCACUUCACGUUCCGGAAGGCGCAGCGCGAGGCCAAGCGGUUGUCCUCCUGUAGGGGAAGGCUGCUCCUCGAGGCCUCCAAGUACUACCUCGCCAGGUUCAACAUCAGCCUCGCCCAAGUCCAGCCAUCCUUGGAAGACCUCAACAAGCAACUCGACACCGAUAUCUGCAGGCAAGUCGUCAUCCCGGAGUGCAUGACGACGGCGACGAAGAGGGCGACCUUGAAGGGGAGGUACGGGACGGAGGGGGAGCUGGAAGGUCUCUCAGCCCAGGUCGUCCUCUCCUGCGACCUCUCAGCGCCCUUCCGCACCUCCGACGGGACCUGUAAUAACCUUCUGAACCCUUCGUGGGGCGCCGCCAGGACUCCCUUCGUCAGGUACCUCGCGCCUGCCUACGAGAACGGUGUGGACACGAUGCGGGGGGAGGGUCGGGUGGGCCUGCACAGCCUGCCGUCCCCCCGCGCCGUGAGCCUGGGUAUGCAGCAGGCGGGGGCGGCGGGGCGGGGGCUGGGGGUGGGUCCGCUCAAGCCUUCCCUCAUGUUGAUGCAGUGGGGGCAGUUCAUGGAUCACGACCUUGUCCACACCCCCGAGGCGGCAGUGCAGGGGAAGGGUGACGGGAAGCUGAUGCCCGUGCCCUGCUGCGACGCCGGCGUGCACCACGACACGCGCCACGACCCCGGCCAGGACUGCCAGCCCAUCGACGUGUCCGGCGACCCGCUGUCCGCCGCCGAGGACCGCACGUGCAUGAGGUUCGUCCGCUCCCUGGUGGCCAGCCGCGGGUGUCUCGUGGGCCCGCGGGAACAAAUGAACCAAGUCACAGCCUACCUGGACGGCUCGGGGAUCUACGGCUCAUCCUCCAACGCCACCAGGAACCUGCGGGAGAUGCGGGGAGGGCGGCUCAUGUCCUCCGCGCCGCCCCAAGCCCACCAGGACCCCGCCACGCCCCCAGACGAGGCGGGGCCUUUCCUGCCCACGGGCCCCUGCGAACACAACGAGGAGAAUGUGUGCUAUAGGGCAGGCGACGAGAGGGUGAACGAGCAACCGGCCCUCACCUCCCUCAACACUCUAUGGCUCCGCGUUCAUCAGGGCACCGCGACGAGGCUCUCAGCGCUCAACCCGCACUGGAACGACGAGAGGCUGUUCCAGGAGACUCGCAGGGUAGUCGUGGCCCUUCUGCAGCAGACGACCUACCGUGAGUUCCUGCCAAUCAUACUCGGAAGGGACAGAAUGCUACAGAACAACCUCCUCCCGACGCUUGGCUACGAGAGGACCUACAACCCCAAAGUAGACGCCUCCAUCGCCAACGCCUUCGCUACCGCCGCCUUGAGGUUCGGACACACGCUGGUUAAGGACCUUCUACACGGUUCCAAGGGUCACGUCGUGCCCCUCACCACCUCCUUCAUGGACCCCCACGUGCUGAGGGAGCCGGAGACGGGGCCCUCUGACAUCCUGGGGGGCGUGACCGCUACUGACGCAGAGCCCGUGGACGCCUACCUGGUGCCUUCCCUCUCCCACCUGCUCUUCGCCCAGCACGGGGACCACCUGGGGCUCGAUCUGAUGGCGCUCAAUAUACAGCGGGGGCGUGACCACGGGUUGCCGCCCUACGUGGUGUGGCGGCGCGCGUGUGGCCUGCCCAUGCCCACCACCUUCACGGACCUCGCCGCCCUCAUGCCCGCGCGAUACGUCAACCAGUUCGUCGAAGCAUAUAAGAGCGUGGCGGACGUGGACCUGUUCCCCGCGGGCCUGGCAGAGUACCCUUCCUCGAGCAGCUUGCUGGGGCCCACCUUCACCUGUAUCCUCACCCAGCAGUUCUCGAGCCUCAAGCACGGCGAUCGGUAUUGGUACCAGAGCCCCGACCAGCCCUACCCCUUCACGCUGGGCCAGCUGGAGAGCCUCGGGAGGGUGACGCUGGCGGGUGUGAUGUGCGGCCAUCUCCAGCUGUCCAACCUGCAGCCCAACGUGUUCUUCGCCCCCGUCAUGCCCGAGAAUCCGCUACUGCCCUGCGCCCAGUACCCACAACUUGACUUUAGCCCAUGGAAGGAGGAGAUAAUUAGACCCACACCCACGCCAGCACCCACGCCAGCACCCACGCCAGCACCCACAACCACGCCCCCAACCACAACCACCACCACCACCACCACCACAACAACAACAACAACAACACCAGCCCCAACACCAGCCCCAACACCAGCCCCAACACCAGCCCCAACACCAGCCCCAACACCAGCCCCAACACCAGCCCCAACACCAGCCCCAACACCAGCCCCAAAGCCAGCCCCAACAGCAGCCCCAACUCCAGCCCCAAAACCCGCGCCCACACCCGCCCCCUCACCGGACCCAAGCCCCAUGGAGUGCGUCGGGGUGGGACUCUGGGCUAAGUUGCCGGGCCUUGACAAGUGGUGUGCCCAAAACUGCUUCCAUGUCCCGCCCUUCUGCCCUCCCACCCACUGUAUCUGCCGCCCCCGCCCGCACCCCCAGCACCUCCACCCCCAGCACCUCCACCCCCACCACCACCACCCCCACCACCACCACCACCACCCCGACCAACACCAGGAACCCAACCCCUACCUCUGAUCGCCACUUUCAACACCAUUCUCAUCACCGCCGCAGUCGUCACCUCCGCUCGUAACAGGAUGAUCAUGACCGCUACCUCCAUCACCAUCACCACCACCAUCACAGCAAUUGUCCUCACGUCAAUCCAC